GUGACAUUUGCAGGUGUGAGUGGUCCUCUGCUCCCCUGCCCUUGCUUGUCCAUGCACCUAUUUGCCCGACGCCCGUCCUUCGGCCAUGGACAUCAAUCUCCGCCGGCAUCUCCUCAGCCGGCCCUCCUGCGCCCACCUUCCGUCCGAGCGCACUUUGGCAGCCGAGGUCAAUUGCAAAUUGCACCACCACCCGACCUCCGCGCCCUUGGCGUCAGCAUGGCUACAGGGCCGCACUGCCCUUGGUCUUUUGCGCCAUGGCCCGCAACAACGUCGGCACGGACAGUGCAGCACCAAGACGCCGCUAAAGACCCUGAAUGCCUGCCAAGCACACCUGCAACCAGAGGCACGCUCCCCCUUCUACUUGCAUUGUCAACACCCCCCACUUAGGGCGCAACGCAUCGGCUAUCCCCUUGCCAAGAUUCUCUUCGAACAUUCUAUCGGCACCUCCGCCAGCCUCAAGCCAUGUGAGGAGGACGAUAGGCCCACCGACACUUCGCGCGCGACCAUCUGCACAAUCGCAGACAUCUCUGCACGGGGCAACCCUUGACAGCUGGUACACGCAAGGGGGGGUUACCGAAGAUGCGUGGUAUACAUUUCGCAGCAACAAGCUGCACAAAGACAAAGGGGCAG